GCAGAAGAUUUGAUUUCUCGUGAAAAAUAGCACAUAGUAUAUGCAUACUCCUCUGUCCUGAAAUUGGUAAAGCUCUUGACACGUGACCCUAAUUACACAGUGACGUUGCAGGAGCGUUCAUUGAUGCCUGGUAGGUGCUUUAUUUCUAGUGCCACGGUUGUACUUGAUGGUCGCGACAAAAUUAGAGCUACUUCCGAAUCUGGAACCAAAUUCCAAGUGAAUCAUGCAGUUCUAGGGAAAAGCGUGACAUGCCUGAAACUGGACGUGGAAGUCUCUUUGUGGAUGUUCAUCGCGGAAUUUCUUUAUCUUCUCAAUAGUCUGAAUACUGAGUUUACCAAGAUUUCAAAAACGUACAAGGAUAGAUGACCGUCGAUAUCAACAGAUCUACCCGAUCUAGCUUGAUUUGAUUUGAUCAUCAGUUCAGCAUUAACGUUCAUGAUUGAAGCAUACGAUACAUCCCCGUCGGUUGUCACAUACUCCAGAUGCCACAGCGCCUCCAUGGCGCAAAGGGUAUUUGUGGCCUGACUUCGCCUUCCUAUGUACAGUACGCAAUGGCCAAAUAAAGCAAGGCCCCUUCUAUUUUCGUCUACAUUCUAGAAAUAUCGGCUCCUCUCCCACUGUCGGAAUCCACUCCAUUGCAUGAGGCGGCCAAGUCAGUUGCGUUACACAAAAUCAUCUACGGGACCGUCUUCUGCACUCAUUGUUUCCGACCCUUCAAGCCGAGAUAGUGGACCAAUUUCUUAACCAUGUCCAGAGGAUUCGGGUCGUCCUUAUCCAGCCGGCCUCGGCUACAGUCCCGCCUACUCGACGACGAUUUCUUCGACAGAUUUUUUGAACGGGACGAUGAUUUCUUCCGAGAUGACUUUUUCCAGCGUGAUGUGAGGCAAAAGGAGGACGACUUGUUCGGCGAUGACUUCUUCCAGAACGCCUUCGAUAGUCUUAGAAACGAACUUGUCCCGAAACUGGGUGCCAGUGCAUUCGGACAGCUAUUCAAAGAUGCCCUGCACGAGCGCCUGGAGGACGACGGUGGAGGGGAAAUCAGUGCCGUUGAGGCACCGCAAAUGCCAGUUGAGGGAACAUUCGUUGCAGUUCCUGAAAGAGGUGUGUACGAACUUAUACUGAAUUUGAGAGACUUUGCUUAUGGAGACAUCGACGUCAAAACGUUGGAUAACAAGCUUGUCGUGCAUGGCACACAACAACAGGAUGCCACCGGUGGUAUGCAAGCCUGCCGAGAGUUCAGCAGGGAAUUCACAUUACCGCAGGGAGUCGACGCACUGGCUCUCACUGCCUCCAUCACAGAAAAGGGAGAGCUCUCGGUCGAAGUACCGAUGCCUACAGAUCACAAACCUGCCCUGACAGGACAUGCCGGUCCUCCGUCUUACGAAGAAAUUCAAAAGAGGAAAGAAGCUGAGGCCAAAGCGACGGAGAGCGCAUUCGACGAGCAGGACCAUCCGCCGGAUUACAGCUAUGGUCAGCCACCUUCUUACGACGAGAUCACUGGGAACGCGGCCGCAGCACAGGAAGAAGUUCAGAUUCAACCGGAACAACCACAGGAGAAAAAGAGAUCUCAGCUUUUCAUCGAGCUAUCGUCACCGCCAAACCACCAAACAGUGCCGGAUAAGGAGACCAGCCAGGAAUUCAUCCAAGUGACACCCCCAAGGAUCAAGACACCCCCUGCCCCUCCACCCCGGGACUUGUCACAGUCACAAGUCUAUGCACCAGUGCAGGGCAAGGUCACACCACCGCUUGUAGUUUCAGAGGCAUCCCUGCCAACACCGACAAGAAAGGCACCACCACCAGUGCCCCUCAAAACUAAGACGCCGGCUGGACCGUCCAUCCAAGACGCUGCACCUGUCGCAUCGACGCCAAAACAACGCAGCCCACCACCAACCCAAACUACAGCAGCAACAUCUCCUGUACCGCAGGUCACACCUAUACAACCAACCAAGCCUUCGGGUACAAAAUCGUUUGCAGCGGCAUUCGAGGCAACUCCAACGCCAAAACCACCAUCACCAAAGGCAAUCGCAAGUCCUGUUGAAAGAGCACUUCCGCCACCAAAGUAUGCACAGGCAUUUGAGGCAACUCCAGCCCCAAAACCACCUUCACCAAAGACCAGUCCCGUUGAAAGGGCACUUCCGCCACCAAAGUAUGCCCAGGCAUUUGAGGCAACUCCAGCCCCAAAACCACCCUCACCAAAGACCAGUCCCAUUCAAAAGGCACCACUAGCGAAAGUUGCAGCCACACCAAUGUCACCAACAAUUUCUCAACCGUCUAAGCCACCUGUUACCGCCCCAUCUCCACCAUCAUCCUCGGUUCCACCCCCCAGGGCUCCACCUUCUUCAGCGACAACAGUGCCACAACCCUCUCGAUCAGCUUUCACAAGGCCAUCAGCACAAAAGCCUGUAUCUCCGCCCGUGGAAACCACUGUACUACCUCCUCCCCCAUCACCCGGUACUCUCCCCACCCCUCCACCCGAGGAUCUCAGCUUCCCACCCCCUCCACCUGAUGUGGACCUGCCACCACCUCCACCUGAUGCAACACUCCCAUCAUCUCCACCUGCUGCAUCAUUCCCUCCCCCUCCACCAAUGGGAGCCAUGCCUCCACCCCCUGCAUCAAUGGGAGCCAUGCCACUACCACCCCCUCCUCCUGGUGUCAUACCUACACCACCCCCACCCCCUCCAGCUGGCAAGGGAGUCCCCCCUCCCCCUCCACCACCCCCCAUGGUCUCAGCUCCAACACGUGUUCUCAAGCUGCCAGCCAGAAAGCCCCGACCAAAAGUAGAGGUGAAGGAGCCUGAGCGUGAGCGCAAGAUCUUCACCAAGGGAUGCAGCGGCAGCGGCGUUGAGAUGAAUUCUGCUAAGAAAAGGAUUGGCCUAAUGUUAGAUGACGUUCUUCGCAGACAUAACGAGAAACAUGCAGGAAAACCACUGAUGAUGCAGGCAAAUAGAAGGGUGUGAGCCACAUCUGUGACUGUUUGUAGUUGAUUACUUCUUUACCAAUAAUUUUCUUUUCAGACUAAUCAUCAUUGCUUUUGUCAUCUUUUGACAUCAAUUUGAGUCCAUUGCUAUACAGCAUUGCAGGAUGAUCUCUAGUAUAUGUAAAUUACAGAAGUUACAUAUUGCAAAAGGGCUCAUAUGUUACCAAUUACAUUGAGCAAUUCAAUUAGAUAUGACAUGUCACUUUAGAGGAAGUGCUCCUGCAUCAAGUAGGGUAAAUUCUUACAUUGUUGGAACAAUUUAUAUGUUAUGGUGGUUUGUAAUAAUAUAUAAUCAGUGAGAAACUUGCAAUGUUGUAACAUACUGUACCUAUAUAAAAAUAUAUUGAUCUAAUGAGCUUUUUACUCACUUAGUUGCCAUCUGAUCAAGUUUUAGACAUGGCCAGUUUGCUGACUGCUUCUGUUUGUAUCAAUUUCAUUUUGUGAUGUCCUAGGCCAUCAUUCAGUUUUAAUUUUUGUUGAUUCUAAAUGGCAUAAACGCUGCUAUGCAAGUAAUAGUUUCGUAUAGUUUUAUCUCAACUGAUAAUUACUGAAGAAUGCCAGAAUAGUUAGAUAAUCAGACAUACCCGAUGAUGGUGGAAAUGCUGGGGUUUGAUAUCUUCAAAGCUAUUCCUUAUGAUUCAAUACAAAGAGGUAACGUAGACCUAUCAAAAUGAAUAUUAAAUGACAAGAAUGAUGUUUACUGCUGCAAAGGAAUUGGCUUCUGUACUGUACAUGAAAAUGGGAAAUAACAUGUACUUGCUUUUAUAUUCAUUGGCACCAUAUAUAAUGGAGAAGAAUAUAAAAAUAUGCCAUCGAAUAUACACACAGCACAGACUGGAAAAGGGGACAUGUGUACCAUUUAACUAACAGAUAAAUUUUCUCAAUAAAUUGCACUUUUGCUCUAUUUGGCUGUA